CCCGCCCGACUCGUCCGCGGCGGCGGCCUAACCUGCAGUCUCUGCCGGGCUCCUGGGGCCGCCGCCCCGUGCGGUCCCCUCGGCGUACCCGGCCGCGCCCGGCCCCCCGGCCCGCUCUCCCGCCGGCACCAUGAUGGAGGAGAUCGACCGGUUCCAGGUGCCCACCGCGCACUCGGAGAUGCAGCCGCUGGACCCAACCGCAACCUCCAUCUCAGACGGAGACUGUGACGCCCGCGAGGAGAAGCAGCGGGAACUGGCCCGGAAGGGCUCCCUGAAGAACGGCAGCAUGGGCAGCCCUGUCAACCAACAACCCAAGAAAAACAAUGUCAUGGCCCGGACAAGGCUGGUCGUCCCCAAUAAAGGCUACUCCUCACUCGACCAGAGCCCAGAUGAGAAGCCACUGGUAGCCCUUGACACAGACAGCGAUGAUGACUUUGACAUGUCCAGAUACUCCUCCUCUGGCUACUCCUCUGCUGAGCAGAUCAACCAAGAUUUGAACAUCCAGCUGCUGAAGGACGGCUACCGGUUAGACGAGAUCCCUGACGACGAGGACCUGGACCUCAUCCCCCCCAAGUCCGUGAACCCCACCUGCAUGUGCUGCCAGGCCACGUCCUCCACCGCCUGCCACAUUCAGUAGCGGGGCGGCUCGCCGCGGCGCCAGGGGCGGGGCCGACGCGGGUCAGGCUUGGACGUGGCAGGGGCCGACCCCUCCCUGCGGUCCAUCCGCCUGCCCCCCGCCCCGCGCCCCAACAGCCGCCAGCCUCGUAACAGUCAUUGCUUCCUCCUAUGGUAGGACGUGUACCUCUGUGUGUUCAUGGAGCCGGAGAAACCAAAACCGGGUCUCUCUCCACCCGGGGGGCUGAGGAGGGGUGGGGGCUGUUUGUUCAGUAACUUGGGGAUCUUCACUCAGCCAGCUGCCUCCCUUCCCAAGGCUGCAGUCUGGUGGCGAGGGAUGGGGGGACCAUGGACAGCAGGGAGGCCAACAGUACUGAGCAGGAGAAGGAGUCACCAGGCUAUGGGGCUUGUCCCCACCCCUGCGAAGCCAUGAGUCUCCCAGCCCGGCUCUGAGGGAGAAGGCCAGAGGCAGCGGGGGACAGCACCUCAGUGCACCUCCACACGCCCCUGCCGGCCUGCGUACCUGUAUGGAUUUUCCCCUCCUCUGCAGAUGGAAAGUCAGGCAAAGCUGCCCCAAUGGGAUACUGCCCCACUCAUCAGAUCACUGCCUCCCUCCUCGUUCUCUUUGCUCCAUUCCCCCCUCCCUGCCUUCCUUGCUGUCUGUGGGGGGGAGGGUAAGUCAGCUUUGGAAGCUGGAGUGUCCAGUUCUCUGACCUGUUCUCACUGGCCCCUGCCCCUUCAUCUGUCUUUGCUCAAUGCUGUCCCCUUUCCGCGCUCCCAGCCCCAUUCUUCCGUUUAUUUUCUCUGUCCCAGGCAGGAGUCAGGGAGUAAGGCCAGCUUCCAGUGUUCCGUUCUCUCCCCAGAUCUGCGAGGUUCCCAGGGAAGAGUCUUCAAGGAACAAGCUUAGAGUGUAAUGGGCUGAGUGGUUGAAUGUCUAUGGGAGGGAGCACUUGGCAGUGUGUGGGUGGCUGACUGGCUGGCGGGGGCUGGCAGAGUGUGUGUGUCUGCCUUGGACUUGGCUCUCCAGGUGUCGGUUCCUGUUGUAGCUGUGGGAGACUGGCCUGGGGAAGUAACGGUGCAGCCUCUCUAGAGUGAGGCAAGCUGCUGGGUAGAGCCCUGAGAGGCCUGGCUUGGCAGUCAGAAGCCUGGGUUCGGACCCUAACACUGGCACCUCCCUGUGAUCUUCAACAAGUCCCCUUGCUUUCUUUGGGGCGUAAGUCUCCUCCACUCUAAAACGAGCAGCCUGGAAAUUGUCUUUAGGGUCUUUUAUAAUCUGAAGGAAUGUCUACAAAGGGAUCCCUGUGGAGAAGUUCAGGAAGUUCUGUGUCUUUGGGUACACCUAGGGGACACCCUUCCCCCUGCCCCCGUAUGGAGUCUGUAUGGAAAAGGGAAGCUACAGUUCCUGUCAAGAUUGCAUCUAGGUUCAUGUGGCUGUUUGAAAAUACGUAUGUGUGUGUGAGGGUGUGAGUCUUCUCUUGUGUGGAGUGGCCUGACGGGAUGUCUGGGUUGGAAUGUGUGCGUCGCUGCUUCCAUUGCUGUUCCGACUGAUAGGAAAGCUGACAAGGAUGAGACAAAGAGGUGAGCAGAGCCUGGCCUUGGGACUGGACGAUGCAGACCUGCCCCCAUGCCAGGAAAAGCGAAAAUACAGACAGCCUAAGCUGACUCAAGUUGGUGAGCCCACAUGCCAAGGUCUGAAAACCCCCUCCCACAGACACCACUCGCAUGCUGUGGGCUGCAGUGCACGCACCCAUAGGCCAUUUUCUAGAUACCAGGCCUGGGAGGAGGGAGUGAGAGUGCUAGCUUAGAAAGGGUAGCAUCUCUCCCCAUGGCACCCAGGAACUGUUAGCUAACUCCUCCAACCCAGCCCUACCUCCUGUGGUCUAGGGACCCUGGAUGAUGAGAAAAUGCCAAAGCAAGGCAAGGACAGAGAAGGUAAAUACAGAACCCAUAAGACCCAUACCUGCCCACAUCUGAACCCUUCUCUCCCACCCUGGUAACACUUCUACUGCCUGUUCAAGCUCCCCAGCCCUGGGAAAGCAGGAAAAGCUCCCUCCCCAAACAACAUACAGAUCCCUGGCAGGCAAGGUCUUCUGAUGGAGGCUGUAAUAGUGAGGCCAAGAGGGUAGGGACCUAGCGGCAGCAGCAGCUUCUGGGUGGAAGGAAAGCCCGUGGCUCCCUCCUUCUCUGUCUGGGAGGCUGAAGAGGAGGAACCAAGGCCUCAGCUUGCCCCCUGCCACCCUUCCCUGUUGUAGAUUCUGCCUUAACACCCCCUCUACCCUCAGCUGUGGCUACCACCCAGCCAGGUUUCUCCGUGCCCACUAAUUUAUUUCCAGGAAGGUGUGUGGAAGACAUGAGCCGUGUAUAAUAUUUUUUUUAACAUUUCCAUUGCAGUAUUGACCAUCAUCCUUGGUUGUGUAUCGUGUAACACAAAUAACGAUAUUAAAAGCAUCAAACAA